GUUCACUAGAACCAGCAUCAAACCGCGGCGACUUUCUUUCUUUCUCGGCUCAUUUCCUCGCCUCUCUGUCGCAUGCUGGCUUUUAAAUCACCCUGAUAGCCGGGCCCACAAGAUUCAGUGUUGUGCUUUAAAGGUUUAGCGCGCAGACACUUCUGUGAAGGUGGGAGGUGUGUGUGGGGUGUUGAAACAGGGUCAUUGGUCUCACUCGACGCUUGUUCCAAACCUAUCUAACUCCAUUCUGCAUUUUCCCACAGUGUUUCUUUCUCCCCCACUGUGCAUGUCCGUCCUCGCGUUGCAAUCCAAUUUGUCCUCCUCUCCUUUAUCCUUCCUUUCCUCCCCUCCCUUCUUCAUUUGAAGUAAUAAGAUUUCUGCUGUUCAGCGGAGAGUUUUAGAAACACACACACGCGCACACACACAUUGAAAAGCAACCUCUACCCCUCAAUUACUGCGCUGCCACACCUCCAGCUAUCUCUAAUCUCCUUCGGUGGACCUCGGAGUUCAGGCUGAAACAAAUUACAGAGCGGGGCGAGGAGGCAGCGAAAGGUGUCACUAAAAAUAAACUUCGCAGGAUUCAAAGAAAGAAAGAAGACUGAAAACAGAUCAAAUAAAAACAGGGAUGGUUUGACGGAGGAGGAGGGAAGCUGCGGAUUUAUCUCUCGUAGGAGUGUGAGGGGUUUCGAGGAAAGGGAGGGCAUCCCCAUCGCUGCCCGCCAACAUGGUGGACCUGUUCCUAGACCGAGUUCUUGUGGAGAACAACUCGGACCAGGACGAGCUCAACACGGAGCGUGAGAUCAUCGGGAUCCUGGAGAACCGCGUCCUGCUGCUCUUCUUUGCGUCUGCCGAGUGUGAGAAGUGCCAGAGGUUUGUGCCCGUCCUCAGCAGCUUUUUCAGGAAGCUGAAAGAUCCGGCGUACAUCGAAUACCCCAAACUGCUCGCUCUUGUCUACAUCAGCUUGGACCAAUCUGAGGAGCAGCAGAGAAAAAUCCUCAAAGAGCUCCACAAAAGGACUUUGUUUUUGCCGUUUGAAGACCCGUACAGAAAGGAGCUCCAGGCCAUGUUUAAGGUGAAGGAUGUCCCAGCGGUGGUGGUCCUGCGUCCCGACGGCUCCGUCCUCUCCCCGAACGCCGUGCGGGACAUCUGCCGCCUCGGCGCCGACUGCUUCCGCAACUGGCAGGAGUCGGCGGAGCUGGUGGAGAGGACCUUCAUGCUCAACGAGGAGUUCGACGAUCCCAACCUGCGGAGCGCCACCGACCCGGUGAGGAGGCUCAAGUACAAGACCGAAGACGACAAGAGGAACAAGAGAUGGUGGAAGUUGUGGGUGAAGGGAAAAAACGAGGAGGAAAAAGACGAAGCGUGGGACAUGAAGAGAAAGAAUGGAGAUGGAGGAAUUUGGCGAAAGAUAUAGUUUUUUUUUUAUGAUAUAGGCUAACUUUUUUUUCUCGUCAAUCUAAUUCUGUAAAAAGCAAACCACUCUUGUUGUUGCUGCUGUGACCCAACAUUGUCAAGAAAUCUGAGAUUAUAGAUCAGAUUAUAAGAAAUAUAUUUCUUAUAUUAUAAGAAAAAAAAUUAAUGGUCCAUAUAU